UGUGUGUGUCCAAGAAAAAGACUAAUGAGAAAUUCUUUUGCAAUUACUAUUCAGAAUGACAUGAUCAAGCCUGCAAUAUCAGGAGUGUUGAAUGUGUUGAAAGCAUGUGCUCGAGCAAAAGGUGUCAAACGAGUCAUCUUAACAUCUUCAGCAGCUGCUGUAACCAUAAACCCUGUCAAGGAGACAGGUCUGGUUAUGGAUGAAAGCAACUGGACUGAUGUUGAGUUCUUGAGCACUGCAAAACCACCCACAUGGGGUUAUCCUGUCUCCAAAGCACUGGCAGAGAAAGCUGCAUGGAAAUUUGCUGAAGAGAAUCACAUGGAUCUCAUCACUGUAAUACCAACUCUCACAACUGGUCCUUCUCUCACUCCAGACAUUCCAUCAAGUGUUGGCCUAGCCACAUCUCUCAUAACAGGCAAUGAUUUCCUCAUAAACGCCUUGAAAGGGAUGCAGUUUCUAUCAGGAUCAAUAUCAAUCACUCAUGUGGAGGAUAUUUGCCGAGCACAUAUAUUUGUGGCUGAGAAAGAAUCAGCUUCUGGUCGAUACAUUGUCUCUGCUCACAAUACUAGUGUUCCUGAGCUUGCAAAGUUUCUUAGCAAACGUUACCCUCAGUACAAAGUUCCAACUGAAUUUGAUGAUUGUCCCUCCAAGGCAAAGCUAACAAUCUCUUCUGAAAAGCUUGUGAAAGAAGGAUUCAGUUUCAAGUAUGGGAUUGAAGAAAUUUAUGAUCAGACUUUGGAGUACUUUAAGAGCAAAGGGGCUCUCAAGAACUGAAUUCGGAAAUUGUUUUGCUUUUUAUGAGUAGCAGUUUGCCAAUAAUAAUUAUAAUAAUAACCAAACUCUACGCUACUUUACCAACUUGUUAAAUUACAAGCUAUGAUAAGAGAGCUCAUUGUGCUUGUUCAAAUUUUAUGUUUGUGUUAUACUAUGCACUGAUUUUAAGUGAUUUGACAUUAA